GCGCGGCCCCGCCCCCGAGGCGCACGCCGGCCCAGCGCCCACAGCUGCUGCGGCCUAGGUGCCGCGUGGGACGAGCAGGCGCUUAGCGUCCAGGCGGCUCCGCGGCUGGGGGCUCCCUGAGCCGGCCGCGCUCCUCCGAGCGAGGCGUGGCGCGGAGGCGUAGUGAGGCCGGGCCCGCGGCGGUUCCCUGAGGAGGGCGGAGAAGGGGCCGGGGGCGCUAGGGGAACGGGCCCUGGGGCAGCGGCCCCGGUGGAUGCUAAGGGCUUUGGGAUCCGGAGUCCACCACGCCUGCCUGCUCGGCUGAGAAUCGCCAUGGGUCCUCUGUUCUCCAUAUAGGCCUUUAUGAGAUUUAUGAUUGGCAGAUAUUUCCACCAGUUUGAUGCUUGGCUUUUCAUUGUCUUAAUAACAUCUUUCGAAGAGCAAAAGCUUUAAAUGUUGAUGCCAGCUAAAGGGAAAAAAGGAAAAGGCCAGGGCAAGUCUCAUGGGAAGAAACAGAAGAAACCAGAAGUGGACAUUCUCAGCCCCGCGGCCAUGCUGAACCUCUACUAUAUCGCCCACAACGUCGCUGACUGCCUACACCUGCGAGGCUUCCACUGGCCGGGUGCUCCCAAAGGAAAGAAAGGGAGAAGCAAGUGACAGCAUUUCACAACACAUCUCUGUUACAGAGAACAGGGCUUGGGAAAGAGAAGUCAGGAUAACACAACUAUUGCCAGCAACAUAGACUUUACUCCAGACCACUUGAGAUGCAAAUUAAGUGUGCUUUUCUGUGAUGGUUGAUGAUGGGGAAAUGCACCUUACUUCCUCUGUUAUGCCAGAUAUGGUUAGCCACUUUGGUUUUUUAGGAGUUAUAGGGUGAGAAAAGCCUGAGUAAUUCCUACACAGUGUGGUGAAAUUAAUAGAACUUUCAGAAAUUAUUAUGAUUCUGGGUCAGAAUUAAACUUUGCUCCCAAAAGGCAGUUCUAGUUGCAUUAAUUGUUUUCUUUUGCCAAAGAGGGUUUGUCAUUUAGAGAAGACACCACAAAAAGCACUGGGUUUCCUUAGGAACAUUGCUCUCUUGGGCACUAUUUCCUUUUUUUUUUUAAAUGGAAAAUAAUAAAUACUUUGUUUCUAUAA